CUUCAUUGGAACCUUCCCUGUGGCACACCGGAUGGUUUUUCACGGCACACAAAUGUGCCGCAGUGCAGUGGUAGAAAAUGACUGUUACAUUCAUGAGUGCAUGAGACUGGGCAGCUGGGGGGGCAUGGGGGAGCGGGAGGGGGGGUUAUGGCAGAAACUUGAUUUAAGAUACUGGUCUACGAGAAUAUAAGCGAUUGUAAUUAGUGUACUUUUUUAGUUUUAGAAACGGCUACGUGUACUUUACCCUUUACCUUGGUAAGUAACUUGGCGUACCUUAGUCAACCUCCACGGUUGGCGACACAGAUUUUGUGUCCUCAUAAAGUGCAAAAAUAUACAGGAAGAGGCGCAACAUGGUGGACCGUGAACCAAAGAGUAUUGAUGAUGACAAAAGACAACAUCACAGCCUUCUUUUUGUUGUUUGUUUUCGUUGUUUUGUUGUCAUCUCCCAGAACGAUUGGUGGUGAAUUUUGUUCAUUUUGUUUUGCUCCGGUUUAAAAACCUGGGCGGACGCAUGCAGCUAUUAUUAUUAUUUUGCAUUUUUUGUUGUUUUGUUUUGCUCAUGCAGGACCUGCUGUCAGUUCAGUCCAGAUUAUCCUGUCAGAAUUUAGUUUGCAGCAACGCUGUGCCAAGUGUUUUUGUAUUGUACAGUAACACUAAAAAGAAAAAGAAAAUUAUAAUUUUUACAUUGUACUUUUGUGCUUGCACCUCAGUGUCUGUACUUUUUUUUUAACUUUUACUUUAAAGGAGUUGAAUCAGUAGUUCGACUUGUCUUUCUUUUCCACACGUUGCUUAUUGUGAGUACUUCUACCACCUCUAAAUAAACCCGAUAACAUCAUUGUACCUCCUCAACCCCUCAGCGGAGCGAGGCACGAGAGCGCGCGUGUGCGUGCGCGCGCGGGCACCCGCGUGCGUACUGUGCACGUUCACGCGAAAGAGGAGCACACGGGCCGGCUGAGCAGCAAGAAGGAUGGAGGUCCGACCUGACAGGUUCAAGGCGGUCGCGGCCAAAACUCUGGGCAGGAUUAACAGAUUGAUUGACAAGCAGCAGCCCAAUGGAGAAACCAUCGAGCUGUCCGCGGAGGGCCGUCCCGAGCUGGUGCAGGAGAAGGAGCUGCCGGUGGUGGACUGCACGUGCUUUGGUUUGCCCCGCCGCUACAUCAUCGCCAUCCUGUCCGGCCUGGGCUUCUGCAUCUCCUUUGGCAUCCGCUGCAAUUUGGGCGUGGCCAUUGUAAGCAUGGUCAACGACCACACUGUCUACAAAGGCAACAAGGAAGUGCUGGUGGCCGCCCAGUUCACUUGGGACCCGGAGACGGUGGGCAUGAUCCACGGCUCCUUCUUCUGGGGCUACAUCGUCACACAGAUCCCUGGAGGUUUUAUAUGUCAAAAAUUCGCAGCCAACAGAGUGUUCGGCUUCGCCAUCGUGGCCACGUCCACCCUCAACAUGCUGAUCCCGUCCGCCGCUCGCUGCCAUUACAGCUGCGUCAUACUGGUCAGAAUAUGUCAAGGCCUCGUUGAGGGUGUGUCGUACCCGGCCUGCCACGGCAUUUGGGCAAAGUGGGCUCCUCCGCUGGAGAGAAGUCGAUUAGCCACCACGGCCUUUUGUGGAUCCUAUGCAGGGGCUGUGGUGGCCAUGCCUUUAGCAGGGAUACUAGUGCAAUACACUGGGUGGCCUUCUGUUUUCUACGUCUAUGGCAGCUUUGGCAUAUUCUGGUACUUGUUCUGGAUAUUGGUGUCCUACGAGAGUCCCGCCGCGCAUCCCACCAUCACGCCGGAGGAGAGGAAGUACAUUGAAGAUGCGAUCGGCGAGUCAGCGACGUUCCUCAACCCUCUCCAGAAAUUUAAGACGCCAUGGCGGCAUUUCUUCACUUCUAUGCCUGUCUACGCCAUCAUUGUGGCCAACUUUUGCCGGAGCUGGACCUUCUACCUGCUGCUCAUCAGCCAGCCGGCCUAUUUCGAAGAAGUCUUUGGCUUUGAGAUCAGCAAGGUGGGCAUGGUGUCAGCUUUGCCCCAUUUAGUGAUGACCAUCAUAGUCCCUGUGGGGGGCCAAUUGGCGGACUACCUUCGGACCCACAACCUGAUGACCACCACCAAUGUCAGGAAGCUCAUGAACUGUGGAGGUUUUGGUAUGGAGGCCACCCUACUACUCGUGGUGGGAUAUUCUCACACAAAAGGCGUUGCCAUCUCCUUCCUGGUCCUUGCCGUCGGCUUUAGCGGCUUUGCUAUCUCAGGUUUUAAUGUCAAUCACUUGGAUAUUGCGCCACGAUACGCCAGCAUACUGAUGGGCAUCUCCAACGGGGUGGGAACCUUGUCCGGAAUGGUGUGUCCUCUUAUCGUGGGAGCCAUGACCAAACAUAAGACACGUGAGGAGUGGCAGUACGUUUUCCUUAUCGCGUCCCUUGUUCACUAUGGAGGAGUCGUUUUUUAUGGACUCUUUGCAUCGGGAGAAAAGCAACCGUGGGCUGACAUCGAGGACACCAGCCAGGAGAAGUGCGGCAUCAUCGACGAGGACGAGCUGGCCAACGAGACGGAGGAUCUCUACCGCACCGGCGGCGGCCAGUAUGGGGCGAUGAGCCAACAGGUGGUCGGUUCGAACGGCGGAGGAUCCGGAGGAGGCGGGGCUGGUUGGGUGACGGACUGGGAUAAAUCGGAGGAGUAUGUGCAGCCGCCGGGAUACAACUCGUACAAGUGCGGCGGUGUAGAGGAGAAGAAACUGACGUAGAAGAGAGACUGAACUCAUACAAGUGUGCACACGGGAAGCGGGAACUUGCUCUGUACUUCUGUACAAUUACAAAGUAUGUUGAAUAUGUCGUGUGUGUGUGUGUGCGUCUGUAUGUGUGUGGAAGGGUGAGUGGCAACACGCGCGCAUGUCAGUGUUACAUUUGACAAUAUACAUACAAUAUUUUUAUGCUCGGCUCGUUCCUCAGACAUCCUCCCUGCUGCACGCUUCACUGUGAUUGGUCCUUUUCCACCACGUACAGGAAGUGCAGCAAGCGUCUCCCUUAUGUCGUAUUUAAAAUGUCAUGUUUAAGCUGCAGUAAUGUUUUUUUUUCCUUUCCAGGAAAUGCAUGUCUGCAGUUUUAGAUAAGAAUAAUGUUCAUGAUGAAGAGUGAUUACCUCCAUGCACACACAAGCACGCAAUAUUUCAUCAGUCACAUCCUGAACAUUUGUUUCCACGCUUGAUACCAAUUUUGAAACAUCCAAAUCAAAGACGAAAAAAGGUGCUUACGAGUUGUACAGUGGAAGGCUUAGCAUGGGUGCAAAUUUGACACAUGCAUAGACAUGCAUGUGAUGUCUAGAUAAAGCUCACCUGUGUCUGACCUAACUAGGUCAUGCCCAUCUAGGUUCAUGGGUCACAAGGUACAUAUGAUGAGUAAUCAUCUGACACUCAGGACUCUUCAUUCGAUGUGGGGAGUUAACUGUUUUGCCAUCGAACAUGUGCAAAAUAGUCCAAAUAUGGUGUGUGUUGUGUUUGUCUUUUUCUCUGUCGUUCUGUCCGCUUUCUAUUGUUUCAUUCAGUGCUGUUUUUUUUCUAGUUCCUAAAAGGCAGCCAUAUGAAAUCAGUGGGUCAGUAGUAGUGACUGUGUUGUUCUGUCGGUUGGGUACAGGUGCUGAAACGUUGUGCAGUGAGCAUGUAAUAAUGAGCACAGCAGUUCCCCCACCCACCCCGAACCCCCUCCCCUUAUCCCUCUGCUCCUUUAAAACACUUAUAUACAAGGUGUCUCAUGAUGCGAGCGCACUCUAACGCACCAUCCAGUGGGCAUAGAGAGCAGAAGCACACAAUUUGGCACUCGUAUCUGCCUCUCAACACCCACUUGAUACAACAACAAAAAAAAAUACAUAUUUAUCAGGGUUUACUUCAAAUACUUUGGGUCAACAACACAGAGCAAUGGUGAGAGUGGUAAGGAAGUGAAGAAACGGGUCCAAGCGGGGUGGAACGGUUGGCGGAAGGUGUUUGGUGUGUUAUGGGACAGAAGAGUCCCCGGUAGGAUGAAGGGCAAAGUUUAUAAAACAGUGGUGAGGCCGGCCAUGAUGUGCGGACUAGAGACGGUGGCACUGAAGAAACAACAGGAAGCAGAACUGGAGGUGGCAGAAAUGAAGAUGCUGAGGUUCUCGCUUGGAGUGAACAGCUCGGAUAGGAUUAGAAAUGAGCUCAUUAGAGGGACAGCCAAAGUUGGACGUUUUGGAGACAAGGUUCGAGAGAGUAGACUUCGAUGGUUUGGACAUGUCCAUAGGCGAGAGAGUAAGUAUAUUGGUAGAAGGGUGCUGAGGACGGAGCUCCCAGGCAAAAGAGCGAGAGGAAGACCAAAGAAAAGGUUGAUGGAUGUUGUGAGUGAAGACAUGAGGACUGUGGAUGUUAGAGAGGAAGAUGCAUGAAAUAGGCUUCGAUGAAAAAAGACGACACGCUGUGGCGACCCCUAAUGGGACAAGCCUAAGGGAAAAGAAGAUUUAUCAGAGAUUGAUUUUUUUCUUUUUUUUUUUACUUCAAAACUACCGUUUUUGCCCUUUAAAACCAAUCAUGCUGCAAUGGCAGCUGGGUAAUGGAGUCACAGGGAGCUCUAUGCACCAGCACAUAGACAGAGCCAACAGACUCAGAUAUAAGCGUGUUCUCGUGCACACACACACACAUUUUCCAAACACGGCAUAUGUACUCACACAGACAUCACUUGUGAAAUUUCUUUUUGACAGAUCAAAUGUCUUUUUUUUUUUUUUUUUUACCUUGAAAUUGAGAUUAGAUGAGAUAAAACACACUGCAGGAAUGUUUAAGGAGUUACAAAUGCAUUGUUUUGUUUUACAGGUGAAAUGUUGGAACAACAAAAAAAUACAAACAAUUAUUCCUGUGAUCAUUUUUCAGUUGUCAGUGUUGUAUCGGUGGAUUUCAAAUCAGAUUUUCUUGUUUGUCUCAGUUUAUGGCUAGUCCAAUGUUACUUUCCUCCCUCUCAAUGAAAUGUGUUGAAAUAUGAUGAGGAGCAGUGUGUAAAAAAAUAAUCUUAAAUAUUUUAAGAUGUAAUAAAAAAUGUGGAAAAUACUCAGUGUACAAAGGAUGUAUAAUGUGA